UAUUGCAACUGAACUAAUAGCACACACUUGGAGAGGGGCUGGGAAGGCGACCAAGCUUCAGCGUCAGCAAACCUCUCCUUCACUCAAAACAUUUACUUUUUGUAGUUAUUAUACCCCAAAAGAGCUGUCAGCGCGUACUUGCGUAUUUACUGGGGAAUAACUUAAGUGUGUGGAUCCAAAGGUGGAGUUGAAUUUCGGGUAGCCUGGAGCCGCGUUCAAAGACGGAGACAUGGCAACGACAACCUGUACACGUUUUACUGACGAGUAUCAGCUAUACGAGGAACUCGGAAAGGGAGCGUUUUCUGUGGUGCGCCGCUGUGUGAAGCUGUGCACAGGGCAGGAGUAUGCAGCCAAGAUUAUUAACACCAAGAAGCUCUCAGCCAGAGAUCACCAGAAGUUGGAACGUGAAGCUCGAAUUUGUCGUCUGCUGAAGCACCCCAAUAUUGUUCGACUUCAUGACAGCAUAUCUGAAGAAGGAUUUCACUACCUCUUGUUUGACUUGGUUACUGGCGGAGAACUGUUCGAAGACAUCGUCGCCCGAGAGUAUUACAGUGAAGCUGACGCCAGUCAUUGCAUCCAGCAGAUCCUGGAGGCGGUGCUUCACUGCCACCAGAUGGGCGUGGUGCACCGAGAUCUCAAGCCUGAGAAUUUGCUCCUGGCCAGUAAAUGUAAGAAUGCUGCAGUGAAGCUAGCGGACUUCGGAUUGGCCAUCGAGGUACAAGGAGACCAGCAGGCCUGGUUUGGGUUUGCGGGGACGCCGGGCUACCUGUCCCCUGAGGUGUUGCGGAAGGAGGCCUAUGGCAAGCCAGUCGACAUUUGGGCCUGUGGUGUGAUCCUGUACAUCCUGCUGGUGGGCUACCCUCCAUUCUGGGAUGAGGACCAGCACAAGCUCUACCAGCAGAUCAAAGCCGGAGCCUACGACUUCCCGUCCCCUGAGUGGGACACGGUCACCCCUGAGGCUAAGAACCUCAUCAACCAGAUGCUGACCAUCAACCCAACCAAGAGGAUCACCGCUGACCAGGCGCUCAAGCACCCAUGGGUCUGCCAACGCUCCACAGUGGCCUCUAUGAUGCACAGACAGGAGACCGUAGAGUGCCUGAAGAAGUUCAACGCCCGCAGGAAACUCAAGGGAGCCAUUCUCACCACCAUGUUGGUCUCACGAAACUUUUCUGUGGGUCGACAGUCAACAUCUCCUGCCUCAGUGAGCAUGGUAGCUGCAGCAGCAGCAUCCGGCACCACUGCUGGUCUGGUGGAACAAGCAGCCAAGAGCCUCCUCAACAAGAAGGCAGAUGUCAAGAAAAGGAAGUCCAGCUCCACGGUUCAGUACAUGCCCCAAUCAAACAGCCUGAAAAACAGCAUUGUCACCAGCCCCAAAGGAAACGUCCCCUCACCCACUCUGGAGCCUCAGACCACUGUUAUCCAUAACCCAGUCGAUGGGACCAAGGAGUCGUCAGACAGCAGCAACACCACUGUUGAAGAUGAGGACGUAAAAGCAGGCACCAGGUCUUUAGACAGCAACUCCAGCCACUCCACUGCUGCCCCUGUCAUCUUCUCCUCCAAACUGUCCGACAUCUUGGGCCAGGCGCGCAGGGCCUCGGUCCCCGCUGAGAGAGAGAGAGGCGGGGGCCACUCUGCUCCCUCACCCCCCCACACACCGGCCAUGCAGACGCGUCUCACAGACCUUGUGAGCAAUGUGUGGGGUGCCCCCGCGGCCUCAGCCCCAGGCCCCCAGGUUGCCAAGGAGACCCCCCGUGCCGCACCCCCUUCUUCUGGCCCCCACGCCCCCCCUCCUCCCUCCUCACACUCCUCUUCCUCUGCAUCCUCUUCCAUGACUGUACAGUCACGCAAGCAGGAGAUCAUCAAGCUCACCGAGCAGCUGAUCGAGGCGGUCAACAAUGGAGACUUUGAGGCCUAUGCGAAGAUCUGUGACCCUGGGCUGACGUCCUUUGAGCCGGAGGCACUGGGGAACCUGGUGGAGGGCAUGGACUUCCACAGAUUCUACUUUGAGAACCUGCUGGCCAAGAACAGCAAGCCCAUCCACACCACCAUCCUGAACCCGCACGUGCACCUGAUCGGGGAGGACGCGGCGUGCAUCGCCUACAUCCGCCUGACGCAGUACGUGGACGGCCAGGGCCGGCCCCGCAGCAGCCAAUCAGAGGAGACCCGGGUGUGGCACCGCCGCGAGGCCAAGUGGCAGAACGUCCACUUCCACUGCUCCGGGGCGCCCGCCGCACCUCUGCAGUGAUGAGCAGGGGCUGCAGUGGGUGUGUCUGACUGGCGUGCCAUGGAGGGCGGGGGACAUUUGAAGAGUAGGAAGAGAGAGAGAGGGAAGGAGAGAAGGAGAAAGAGAGAGAGAGAGAGACCGAGGAGACGGACUGAGAUGGGACAGUGGAGAACGAGUGCAAGGCUGGGGAGCCCCCUCCCUGCAGUCCAUGGGAUAUCCCUUCCAGCCCUCCAGCUCUGCACCAACCCUGUCCAGGCACUGCAUGCACACCGCACCGUUGCCCUUGGUCGCCCCCUGGUGUUGUGGGGGGUCUCACUGCAGUGGCCGCCGCCAGCUGGAAGCAACACCUGCAGCACGACUGGCCACCAUUUUUUGCCAUAUGAACUCUCCUUUGAAGCUCAACACGGCUGCAUCCCCCCCUCCCGACACUCCUGCCUUGAGUAAGCCAAGACACCCACCACCCUUACACUCCACCUCCCCACCACUACCCCAACCCCAACCCCAGCACACUCCGCCUUGGUCGGAUCAAUAUCACUGCUCAAUAUCCCCCCCUCCUCUCCUCUCCAACUAGGAUCCACCGCACACAUAUCAGUCCAAGACUCAUAGCCCCCGUGUGUUCUGCGUUCCGAUGUUAGAACCAUAUCUGCACCGGACAAAAAGUGCUUCAUCCUCUGACUAGGGUGGGUCAAACUAUUUAAAUCUUUGAAUGAAAGUCCAUAUCAUUAAUGUUAUUAUUAGAAUAAAAUAUUGCUAUAAUGAUUAUUGUUAUUAUUACUAUUAUUAUUACUUAAUUCAUUAUCAUUGUUGGUAAUGAUGUUGCUCUGUUGAGGUUGUAUAUUAAAUAGUAAUAUUCUUGAUGCAAGUGGUAAAUUUCUUUUAUUGGAAAACAAACUUUUGUUUCUGUUUGUAUUUUUAAAAAAUGCAUGAGUUUUUUUCAGUAUUAUUCUCAGUGGCUGUUUUUAUGUGCUUGAGUAACAGAAAAAUGUUCUUAGAAUUUUACAACUCAGUGUAAAUCAUUUAACUACUGAUCAGGGGUGCAUUUCUCGAAAGCAAAGUUGUUAACCAUUUAGCAGCUUGGGUAGUUACCAAUGGGCAAUUGCAUUGCAAACGACAAAGUAGCUAACAUAGUUAGCAACUAUGGUUUCAAGAUAAUGGAAAUGCACCCCAGAGCUCAUGAUUAGAGGAAGCAAUGAAUCAUGGGAAAUGCCUUCAAACAGGAAGUAGAUUGGACGGAGGGAGGGAGGGAGGGAGAGAGAGGGGCUGGGAGAUCUUAUAUUAGGGUUCCGCUGUUUGCUCACCCCCAAACCCUGUCUUGCCAUCUUUGUGUCCUUGUUUGACUGAAAGUAGAUGUUAUCGUUUCAUGUUGCAGCUUUCUAAAAAAUAAAUAAACGUGUCACUUUUACCGGUAUAGUUAUCAUAGGUUGACCUUCGCCAUGACAGCAGCAGCCAUUAAAAAUUGAAUUACUGUAGACAUACAGUACAUGGCUGUAGCUGAGUAAGACCUUUUUUCUAAACAUGUUGGUUUUGAAAUCUCUGCACCUCUACUUUAAACGUCCUUCUUUACUUUCAUGUAAAACUGAGACUUAACAGGUGGUGUUUUGUUUGAAAUGGUGGAGCAAAGAAGAAAGUACGCUUGGCUAAAUGCAAUUUCUAAAUUACACUUACAGCUGGAGCCACACUUAUAGAAGGAAUUUAAGUUUGAGUAGGUUUUUUUUAGUGUUUAGUAUUUCAAUGAAUUAAUUUUGGGGUAUUUUUGUAUAGAGAUAUUUGAAAGCUUUUACGGAAUAGCGGAUACUGUAGGCGGUAAGGUUGAGGCUGUGAAUUGUUACCUUACAGACACCCAUAGGACAGACAGCAGAGAGGAAUUCAGUGGCUUAGCUCAGUUCCAGCCUGUGUUGCUGCAGCAAUAAGAGAGGGGAACUGAGGAGGUCAUCCUGGUGAAGUCAGAAACAGCGGAGAGAUUAAACAGCUUGUGAAAGGAAGUGACACGGCCAGGUCGAAGUGUCCUGCUUGCAGAGGAAAUUGUUGCCCUUUUCAAAAUGAGCUGUGGUAACUAGCUUCCACCCAGUUACACCAUGCGCUCUGUAAGCAGUCGAGUUUACUUCCCUCAGUCAAAGGGUAUGCGUUCAGCAUAGUGUGAUUUUGGUCCUCCAUCGCGUGGCCUAAACAUUUGCAGGAAGUGUCAGAAAGAGGGAAUAAACUUAUUUUGGAAAGGGCAACAGUCUUCUGCAGGUCCUUUCUCUGGCACUUUUUGACUGAUGCCACCUGACGGGCUUCAUGUUCUUGUUUGCUCAAUCUUAUGCAAGCCUUUCUUGCACUGUAUAUGAUCACGAUAUUGAGGCAGACAUUUAUGAAGUGUGUGUAGUUGUAUGUAUGAGCCCCACCAUAGUAUUUUGUGGGUGCUGCUGCAAUUGUCAAACUGAAAAAAGCAAUGGAGAAGGUUCUCAAAAUCAGAAAAAUAGGAUUUUUUUAUUUGUAAGAGGUGCUUCAUUCAGACGGUAUUACUGCCAGCUUUAGUGCUGAAAGAUCACUAGUAGGAUAAGUUGUUUACUUAUAAAGAAAUGUAUGGAAGAAUCAAAGAAUAUCAGAGAAUAUAUCAGAAUAUUUAUUUGUCGGAGUUGAUUUAUUGUUAUCGUAGAGGGAUAAACCCAGACAAGCAAACUAACAUUGUUGACAUCUGUUUGCAUGUAAAAGUGUGUGUGUGUGUGCGUGCGUG